CUUAUCUUGAUCUUAUUUGAUAACAUGUAGUAGAUUUAAUUAAUAACUUAUGCAAUAAUAUGAAUAUUGGAAUGGCUCAGAAUAUUUGUUUCUUUUUCAGAACUUUUCUCAUUGUUUUAUCAAUACUGAUUUUGUUUGGAAAAGUCAUUGCCGGCGUGAACCAAUGCGGGACCCUGACGAUAGAACAGCCCACUAUAUUGGGAAGAAAUGUUACUUUUACUUUUACUCCGGAAACAACUUCAGACGCAGACGUAAACUGGCAGAGAGCAAAAGAAAGAAAUCCGUGGGCUCAUCUUCCUAAUGAUAACAAGUUUACACAGUAUUUCCAAGAUGGAACAUAUUACUUGAUUUUAACUGAUACUGUCAUUGGCAAUGACGAAGUACUUUACCGUGUUGAUUAUAGGAACAAGAGCGUAAGCUGUUCAAUGGAAACUCCAAAACUUCAACUUCAAAAUAUAUCAGAUCUGUGUGGGUUUGUCUACCUUAGAACAACAAAUGUGACAGAAGGCGAGAACGUAGAACUAGAAUAUUAUCCAUCGAAAUUUGUUAUGCGACUUCCAGAAUACACUGUACGACAAUGGAUGCGUUCUACAAAUAAAAUUUUUCAAAUAAUUCUAACGAAAGGUCUGUAUGAGGAAGAAAAGGAACCGAAUGAUAAAUAUGUGUUGACACUAACGAUGUUUAAUGAACGAAUGAAUGGCCGAUAUGGAGUUUACUGCGGCGAAGCUGCGAAAUAUUCAAAUUUUGUCGAUGUGAUAUUACCAGUUGCACCAAAGACGCCAGUAUUUGAAGGUUUAAAGGACAUAGACGACUGUAAGGGAUGUAUUGUUGGUGAGGAUGGUGAUCAGUUCAGCGUACUCUGCAAGACAAGUGGUGGUACACAACCAAUUACAGUCACCAUGUCGAUAGGGAAUGAAUCGCUAAGCCCUGUACGAUAUAAUGACACAGCGGAUUACAUGGCAUUCUUCUUUCUUCGCAACAGACAUCAUAUGGCAAAUAUGACAUGCACUGUUAUGAACGAUGCAUUAACAUCGCCUUUUAUCACAACUGCACCUGUGUAUGUUAUCAAUGCGCCUGUUGAAUUCAACAUAUCUGGUUCAGUAUUGAAUAUUUCUGAAGGGGAACGGGCAUACGUAAAGUGUUCAGUCAAAAGCUUGCGCACCUUCAACAUUUCAUGGGUGGAACAUACUGAUGAUGGAAACAUGUACCAAAAGCACUGUCUCAUGAAAACAGACUGCGUCAUAGUAAUUGAUGCGUACCGUAUUUCACAACGGCAUUUGAAUUGCCAGGCCAGCUCUUUACAAACAACCGAACAGGAAACAUUGACAGUUAACAUUUAUGAGAAAUCUGAGCAACGUUUCAACAAACAGGAUACCUCUGGCUCUGUAGGCAACUCGUUUAUCUGGAUCAUUAUAAGUUCUUGUUUAACUGCUGUCCUCAUUGGUGCAUUCAUCGCGGGUUUAGUUGCAAUAAAGAAACUGAAGACCGUUAAAGCACAAUCGGAAGCAAAUCAAGUGAGGCACAGAGGAAAUUUUGGUGGAACGAGCAGGAACGAUGUAGAACUGGAAGAUCGUGCGUAUGAAAGAUUGAAUGAUACCAGGCAUGCAACUGGGCAAUCGGAAACAUUAUAUUCUCAACUAUCUUCAUAGACUCGCCAAGAAGAAACAGAAAGUAUUGAUCUAGUAAUAGCAAUAGACAGGUCAUGUGAAAAAGUCAAAAUGUAAUUAAUAUCCCUGUUUCACAAACUGUAUUGGGAAAACGUCCUCUAAAGAAAUAUUGUCCUAGAUGUGGAAAUGGGUGUGAAAUUAUAAGGCACCUUUCUUCGGACAGAAAUAGUUAACUUUUUGAAAUAUGUUGACUUGACCAAAGAUUAACAUUUCUUAAUUAUACGAAGAAUUUCAGUUUAACAUGUAUUUUGAAGAUAAAAUACCCUAUUCAUCUACAUAGCGUAUUUUUACUUUCAGAAACAUUAAGGUAUUAGACCCCUAAUAGUAAUGUUUGCUUGGUAUAUUCUUAAAGAUGACGGUGUUUCGCACUGUUUUGCAAUUUUUAAACAACUUUUACCGUGCCGAUUUUUAUAAAUUUUGUAUAACUUAUGGUUUCUCAUCAAGCUGAACUAGAGAUAAAUUAGUGAUGGCCACUAUCCAAAACGUUUGCAGAGAACUCAUUUUACCAUUAAUUUUAAGAAAAGAAACACCAAACUAUUGGUAAACAAUUAUAAAACACAAAAUGAAAAUGUCAAUAUCAUUUUUUUUAGUGUGCCUCAAGUAAACGGAUUUAAUAAGAUAGAAUUCUUACUUCAACAUUGAAAAAAUAGGGUCGAAUCCUGUGUUUCUAUUUUGAAUUUUGCUUAUUUUAUUAAAAAAAUAACCUUGGGGCAGACGUAAAAACUACAUAAAUUUCUUUCACGAUAAAUAAUCUAAAGAGUGAAAGCAAAAUAGAGAACUUUUACCUGAUGUAACUUAAUAUUUUUAAAGAUGUGUAACUCUACCCCUUCUCUUUAAGUAGUAAAUUCACUUUGAACAGCAAUAUCAAAUUAAUUUUUGUACAAUAAAUCAAUCAUAAGUCUUGAAAGAAGUAAACACUUACUAGAAAAAAAAAGAAAAUAAGGAAAAAUCAUUGGUUCCAGUAGGGCUUGAGCCUACACCCCCUCUGAGAAUUGCAGUAAAAGUAGGUUUAUGGUAGGAAAUGAAUACUUUUCAAAAAAGGAGGUACUCUAUUACGCUUCUAAUACCUUAAGUGAUCUCUAAAGCUAAUAUAUUCUAAAUUGCUAGAUAAAGUGCAUAUGAUUAUACAUUUAAUCUUAAUAUUGUAAUCAUAAUUACAGUAGUGGUAGGUGUAAAAAUCAAUUUGUGUACUGUCCCAUUACGUAUUUAUGUAUCUAAAUUGUUCAGUAGAUGAGUAAAAGAAUAUGUCUUGAAUAUGCAGAGCGGGUUGCUCAUGCCGCUUGCGGGUCAAGGUCAUGAAUUCUUACAACGAAAUAGAAAAGGGAGUAAUAAAAUGCCAAUCGUUUCAAGUAUCUCGCGUUACUUUUUUUGUAGAGAUGAAAUAUUUAUGUCAUGCAGAAUCUCCAAAGAAAAUAUCUAGAAAUGUAUCAAUAAAUUAAUUUAAAAGAAAAACAUCGAAAAAGAGAAAACUUCAUGUGCGUCAAAACAAAAGUAAUAGUGCAAUCUACAAAAAUACGCCCGGAUCCAAACAUGUUUAGUACAGACGAUUGAAUUGUAAAUUCAUUCUCGUGCUAAGCUCGCGGUGUCAUUACAAUUUAUCAUAAUUUGAGCCGCGCCAUGAGAAAACCAACAUAGUGGGUUUGCCACCAGCAUGGAUCCAGACCAACCUGCGCAUUCGCGCAGUCUGGUCAGGAUCCAUGCUGUUCGCUUUUAAAGCCUAUUGCAACUAGGCAAACCGUUAGCGACCAGCAUGGAUCCUGACCAGACUACGCGGAUACGCAGGCUGGUCUGGAUCCAUGCUAGUCGCAAACCCAUUAUGUUGGUUUUCUCAUGGCGCGGCUCAUAUAAACUGAUUUACACAGAUGUACAUAAUAUAUCUUUAUCUUAAUUGAUAAAAUGACUUUUUGUUUUCUAGAAUGUUAUAAAAGAUUGUUUAUGCCUUUGCUUGUAUUGUCUUUGUUUUACAAAUGUGUUAAUGUUAUUGCUUUGCACACUUGCAUUUCGCUGAACCGCUUUAAAACAAUUACUUUCAUAGCCUUAAAUAACUCAUGUUUUAUGCUUAAGGUUGAAAUCAAAUUUUCUAAAAAUACGAGACAAAAUGUUCAGUAUGAAAAAAUACCUAUUGGUACAACUUGUGCUUUAAAACACACAACACAAAAACGAAAGUCAGAAAAUAUAGGCAUCAUAAAGGCAUUCGCCUGAAAUGUUAAUCAGAUCAGCAAAUAUUUUUCAUGAAAUUGAUUUCAGUGUGUUCUUCAUUGCCUAUAUCAAAACAGUUGUCACAAACUGACAUACGGGCCUCAACGUAUGUGUAGUAUAAAUGCAGGUAUUGCAUCAUCUCUUUGUAAAUUUUUGAGUUAUUGAGGUAAAUGUCAGGUUUUACGCAUAACAAACUUGUUUUUCUGUAUUUUAUAACUUAAAUUUCCAUGUAAAUUUCAGUAAAUUCGUCAGUAAUAAAGAAGCUGAUAUUUUUUUAAACUUCAGUAAUUUAUGUUUUUAUCCCCAAAACCACUAUAACGGGCCUGAAACUUCCCGUUUUUCCUUCCCGCCGGUACAGUAUGAGGGCAUGGCUAUGUCGUGAUUACCGUGCAAAAUCCAAUAAUAGUAUUUGACGGGACAUAAAGAUACAAAUUGACUGGUUCAGAUAUGCUUAGAGCACAACACCUUUUACAGUCUUGAUGACACUAUGUCACUCUUCUAUUCUUGGUAGAAAUUAAAUUUUGCUCGAUCGAGGUAAGAAAUUUAUUUGUUAUAUUUUUGCAUGAUUUUUAUUACGAUUUUGUUUAGUAAAUUUUUGUUUAUUCAACAGAAUUUGUAAGAUGUUUACUUUUCGGCCAGAUGUUAGCUAGUUUCGGUAUGUCAGGCCUAUUUAUUUAUUGUUUUUUUAUCUAAACAAGUUGCAAAAUUCAUAUUGAAAAUUGUGUAACGUGAUAAUUAGAAAGUAAUUUUGCAUAAAACGUAUUUGUCAAUCUUUUCGUUGUAAAUUAUGGAACGCCGGUACUGCAUUGUAUUGUAAUGAUAAAUGUAUGUUUCGACAAGUAUAGUACUGUGUAUUUGAUAAGGUUAUUGCAAUUUAAAAUUUUUGUGUGCCAGUAUAUUGCAUAUCUAUACAAUAUCCGUUUUGUUGUAUGAUAGUCGAUAAUACGUUCAUACCAGCUAUUGUGGUACGUUUAAUUUGCAUUGCAUUUCUGUUAAUUUGUGGUAGUAAAUAAUAGCUGCAGUUUAUCAUCAUAAUCAUUUCAUGUCUUUAUCAUACUUUAACUUUAGUCUAGUAAGUACAUUGAUUUGAGAAUCGAUGGAAGUAAUAAGUGACGUAGUGAAUUCACGUGACGUAAGAACUUAGUAGCACGUAUAUUUUGUACAAGUAGCACGUAUUAUUUAUGGGAGCCUGUGGAGGUAUGGUGUACCCAAAGGAGCAUUUUUAUGCCUUUAUUUGUAUUUGCUAUGGUGCUUACCAUAUGUUAUAUAUUAAAGCUUCUUCCACUAGAUGAUAUUUUCCAGGUGAUGUCACGAAGUCUUAAACACCAGUUUAACCGUCACUAUGACAAUUCAAUGUAAUUUUGAGACCUGAACAUCUUUUAAAAAACAUCAGAUAUUUUUGAGCUCAGUUUUUUUCUUCUAUUUACUAAAUAUAGUUUGUUUUCAUUCAUUGCAAAUAUUCAUUUUUUUCUGUAAAUAAACUUGUAAAUAUUGUAAUGAGUGUUAAAUUAUUCGUAUGGUUUCUGUCCCCGACUCGACCAUCCUGCCACAAGUUUAUAUUCUUGUUUAUUAAUAUUGCGUUUCAGUUGUAAACCAAAUAACUCUCUUUAAGACUGUUUCGUGAUCAGUUUCGGAAAUGAGCUUAAAAUUUCGAAUAUUUUGAAAUAUUUUACUAAUAUAGCAUUUUGGUUCGUGUUAAACUUUUAUCAACCAUUUGGGACACGGCACUAGAAAAUUUAUGUUUGUGUGUUAAAAUCACUCCCUUUGAGCACUAACAGGAAAAUGGCGACAUUAUUAAUGUCUACAUCUUCAAGAAAAGAAAAAUAAUUUCGGACGUACAGUUAAUAGAGAAUAUUGAGGUAAUCGUGAUAUAAGCCCUAAAUUAUUUACUCUGUUUUCAUACAGGUAUGUUUUUUAAAACUAAAAAUAAACAAUUAUAUGUAAUAGGUUUAUUGUUAUAUUACUUCAAAUUUUCAAAGUAUUUUUGGCCGAACGUCAAAACUUGUUGCGUUUUCAAAGUUGUUGAGUGCAUGUAAUCAAAUCAAUGUACGUACAUAAUUCAACUCAUUAUGAAACAACUUCCCUUAUCGCCAGCCAGUAAUUUAGCGUGGUAAGAUCACCACGAAAUAUAUACUUUUUUUUGUAAUCCUUUGCUUUUGUAAAUAAUGAUUUAGAAAAUGAGUAAAUGUUUCAUAUU